GGCAGUCUCGCCAGGCGGCGGAGGACACUAGCGGUCUACUGUCGCUAUAUAAGCCCAAACUGUGAAGCGAGAAGCACCACUCACAUCACACACUCCAGCACAUCCACACUCUCCCUGCAACAUGAGGACUUUCGUGAUGUUUGCUCUGCUGGCUGUGGCGGCGGCGGACAAGAGGCCGCUCACUACCUAUGGAGCACCAGGUCCUGCACCUCAUCACUCCGCCGGACCCCAGAUCGCUAUCAUUCGCGACGACAGAGUUCACCCUGACGCUCAAGGCCUUUACUCCUUGGACGUGGAGACCGAAGAUGGCAUUAGGAGGCAGGAAUCUGGUGGCCCCGGUGGCAGCCAGCAGGGCUCUGUCAGCUUCACUUUCCCCGACGGACAAGUGUUCGACUUGAAGUUCGUCGCCGACGCCGCCGGUUACCAGCCCCAGUCCUCCUUCCUGCCAGUGGCUCCUGAGUUCCCCCACCCAAUCCCCCAGUUCGUGCUGGACCAGAUCGCCUUCGCCGCUCAGGAGGACGCUGCCCGCGCCCGAGGAGAGAGCAGAGGUCCCUCGGCUAGUUAUGGUCCUCCCCAGUAAACAACCAUUCGACGAUGUAAACAACUUUUCGACAUCGUUUCUCCCUCAUAACGUGAACUGACCUUCUAGCAACAUGUCAGUUUUAUGUACUUGGCUUGAGGAUUGUUAUGUGAUGUUCUCGUGUGUUAGGUGUCUGAUAUAUUUGCGGUAAUUUAUUAUAAUUUAAUUCAUACAAAGUAAAUAAUAAUAAAUACA